AGAGAGAGAGAGAGAGAGAGAAGCAACCACAAUGAGCCAAAUUGUGAACCGUACAGCACGUAACGGUAACAAAGCUCCCACUGGUAAUUUCUGCACAGAAAGGGUGAACUUAAGAAAUACCAAGGUCCGUAUCCAGCAUUCUUGAAGCCCACAAAACCCAGGUCUCUGACAAGGAGAGGCACAGAGAGGGAGACGGCGGGUGAAGGUGGUAGCUGAAGACAUGGUAUCUGUGCAUGCAGGUAGAAUGGCAGUAAGGCAGAUGAGCCUGUGAAGAGACAGACCCUGCUGUGUAAACACACAUCACACCCAGCCACCGAACCCCAGAGUCAUGGCUUUCACCUUGUCUGAAAUCAUGGCUGCAAGGCGGCAACAGCAUGGCGGUGGGGUGGCAGUCGACGUGGAUGAGCACAGCGCCAAUCCAACCCAGGCCUUUACCUUUUAUAACAUCAACCAGGGCCGUUUCCAGCCACCGCACGUGCAUAUGGUGGAUCCAUUACCCCAUGAUGCCCCGAAGCCACCUGGGUACACCCGGUUUGUCUGUAUUUCGGACACACACUCCAGGACUGAUGCCAUUCAGAUGCCAUACGGAGACGUCUUCAUCCACGCUGGAGACUUCACCGAGCUGGGCCUGCCCAGUGAAGUCAAGAAGUUCAAUGACUGGCUGGGUACUUUACCGUACGAAUAUAAAAUAGUCAUUGCUGGUAACCAUGAGCUGACCUUUGACCAGGAGUUCAUGGCAGACUUGAUCAAGCAAGACUUUUACUAUUUCCCUUCAGCAUCAAAACUGAAGCCAGAGAACUAUGAAAAUGUUCAGUCCUUGCUCACAAACUGCAUAUACCUUCAGGACUCGGAGGUGACUGUGAGGGGCUUCAGGAUAUACGGGUCCCCGUGGCAGCCUUGGUAUUAUGGGUGGGGCUUUAAUCUUCCCCGGGGACAAGCCCUUUUGGACAAGUGGAACCAAAUCCCUGAUGGCACAGAUAUUCUUGUAACACAUGGACCACCACUGGGUUUCCUGGACUGGGUUCCCAAAAAAAUGCAGAGGGUAGGCUGCAUGGAGUUGUUGAAUACUGUACAGAAACGGGUACAACCAAAACUUCAUGUUUUUGGGCACAUUCAUGAAGGUUAUGGGGCAAUGACUGAUGGGGCUACAACUUACGUGAAUGCAUCAGCGUGCACUGUGAACUUUCAACCCAUGAACCCACCAAUAGUGUUCGACAUGCCCACCCCAAGAAGCACAUGACUGUAAAAGCACCUUUUUCUUUUUUUAAUUUACCUUAUUUAAAAGAGGAAACUAUGUUGUCCCUCCAAUCUGGAUUUAUAUUUUGUUGCUGGAAUAAUAUUGUAAUAUAAUAACAUUGUAAGUAUGACAUUGGCCAUACAUUUAGUACUACAUGAUAAUAAAAGGUAUAUUGGUCUUCAAAAAACAGGAUUUUGCCAGCACCUCAGUAAAAAUUAAAUAUGUUGGUAAUGUUACUGUGAUGAGUUUAAGAAACGUUUAUGGAAAAUUUUAUCACGUGUGUUUUGUGAACUAAUCUAUAUGUAAGGUCUGAAGACAAAUUACUUCUUGUUUAUGGUCAUCUUAAGAGGUGGUUUUGAAAACUGGAGCCACUAUGUCUAAAACGUGGGACCAUGUUUUGACAAAAUGAAUUUGUAUAACAUUUCUUAAACAUUCUUUUCAACUAUAAGGUUCAGUAUCAUGAAUAUUAAGCUUAAUAUUAACUGUGUAAAACAUCAUAUGGAAACCUGCAACUUUAUUGGAUAAUAAAAUUACCUUUGAGAUCCCACCCCUGGGGUAUAAAAGUAAGGACCCUCCAUUAACAAAGUGGAUAGUGCUGAUGUCAAGCUUUAAUUAAAGGAGGGUUAAUUGGAAUAAUGAACCCAAGAGAGAAUGAGUUUGGGACUUUCUUUUCAAAAGAAGAUGCUCGAUCGACAAAGUGGACCAGUAAAACUAAACUGUAACCGACAAAACGGUCUCUGCCCCUUGAGUUUCAUCGCCUCUGCCCUGUCUUAAAGGAACAGCGGAUUUGUGUUCCAACUGCUAGCCGAUGACCUUGGAUACAAUAACAAUCUGCCGGUGACCUUGGAUACAAAAACACUCUCACAGACUCCUGCUGGUGAUUGCAGUUGGACAAAGCAAAGAUACAGAGAUGCAUAGACAACCUCACCACUGUUCCUGCUCCACUGUUACAUGACCUAAUCCUUAACCAACUUCUAAGGAACUGAUGUGAUGAGUAUAAACAGGUUCACAUAACAUUACAAUAGACAGAGGUAGUCCAAGAUGUUAAACUGUUUUACUGUUUGAUUUACCGUUUGAUUAUUUUCACUGUUUGACUACAUUCUGUAACUUUGUGAACUGCAUUACUGAUUCACUCCUCUAUUCAUCUAGCUAUUCUGUAUUCAAUAAACUGCUUUACUUUACAAGGAAUGUUAUAUAUUGUUGUUAAUACACCUUUGUAAUAUAAUUGAACUUUUGAAUUAUUGAGGUUGAAUUUACCAGGUAAUUUCAGAUGACCAUACUCCUUUGGUCAAUCUUAGGGGAUGAUAGUCUUCAAUAAUUUUACACCCUGAAUCUUCAAGACAACAAGUUGCUUACUUUUUCUUAGCUGUAAGAAGUGAACUGAUUACCUCACAAUGAAAGCAUUUUGAACAGCAGCUUUACAUCAGGAGUUUGAGUAUUCGUACAUAUAUUUACAUUGCAUCUUAUUUUUCGAAUAUUCCAGCUUUAGUUUUAUAGUGCUUGCAAGGG